AAUAUGCAGAAGUUUCUAGGGAUUGCCUUCUAAGGCAAACUGCAGCAUUCAUCUAGACUCUCCGCACAGUGACUGCAGCCAUGGACGUCGAAAGGCUCAUGAAAGAUCUUACGGUCGAGCAACUGCACCAUAUACAGGGGAAUCUACAGAACGAAAUGGAAGGAAAGAAAGAAGAAUUACGUGAAAUGGUAGGACGCCGCUAUCGCGAUGUUUUGGAAGCAUCUAGCGAGGUGCGAAACAUUAGGAAGCUUGCCGAAACUCUUGCUGAAGCUGUUUCCAACGCUAGAGCAACGCAAUCUGUUGUUGAGCCAAGACCUCUCACCCGUGAGCAGCAAGCUUCUGUGCAGCGUUUCAUUGCAUUGCACAAACUUGUUGCUGUAAUCGGUGACUCUGAUGGAGAUGCACUAAGUGAUGCAUUUGCUCUUACAUUGGCUGAACUCCUUCACAAGGAGCUUGCUACGGAGCCGUUGCCUCCAUCGAUGCAUUCAGUUGUUACCGGUCUUACUGGGAGGUUGAUUCGUACUCGUCGUCAGCUUCUUGCUGAUUUGGAGGAAGAGAUCGGCGAGUUGUCAGAUACGGAUUGGGUUGCUAACCAGUUGACAGCUCUAGCUCUACUUCAAGGCAUAGAUUAUGAGAAGCUUCUUGAUAUUUAUUUCAAGGGAAGAAAGAAUUUUAUCCAAAAUCUGACCUCCGAGUCUAGCUCUUUGCUUACCGUAGUGAAUGAGUUGAAGAAAUCUUUGGUCGUAAUUGAGCAACUGUUCUCGCAGGGUGAACUAUUCCGAAUUAUUCAAGCUGCAGCAAGUCCUACAUACCGACCAGCCCUUAUCGACUCUCUGAUUGGUGACGAAGCGUUUUCAUUUGGUCGUAUGCUUACGGCUGAAGCGGAAAAGGUCACAAGACAGCUUAGAGAAUCGAAAACGAGCCCACUGUUACCUCAGAAAAUCAGCUCAAAGUGCGCCGAAUGGAUCAGUCGUGUCUGCGAUUUUGCCCGUGAACCUGUGACGUCAAUUUGCGAAUUCUAUGAAAAGGCUGGAGACAUAAUAGAGUUUCUACAGGCUCUCAGCGGUGUUCUGCGUGCUGAUUGGCCUCGUAUCAGCUCUUAUUCAAACGUAUAUCAGAAUCUGUUUGGCGAUAUACUCUUUAAGAAGUUCACGAGCAUUAUCGCUCGUGAUUUGCGUGACUUGGAGGAAAAAUUAACUUCCCAGCUGAAGACCAUAAAUCUAGCGCCUCCACCUUUGUUCGAGAAAACAUCGAAUAAAUUUGACAACCUUAUUGGAGUAGGAAUAUCUCCUGCUUUGGAAAAAUGCAUCUCUUCUUUCUAUGUCGGUGUACAAAAUGCGCGCGAUUGUUGCGCCAAGUAUGAACAGGUAGAAAUGGAUUCUCAACCAGAACGAAUACGAGAAGCUUUGGCCACCGAGCUUUUUGACGUUGUUGAAAGGUUAUCAAAUCUGCGUCCACGCGAUGAUGAUGGCAGUUCCACAGGAGAGCUGUCGAGGGCUCGCCUAUGUCUAGCUCUGCUUCACUGUGAUUCAACUUCAUUCUGUCAAGCGAUGAAUAGAGAUGGAGAGAGAAUUUCCAAAGCUAGUCGCCUACUGAAAACAGCCGCUGAGGAUUCGUUGAGUAAAUUCGUCUGUGACGAAGCUAAGCAAUGCCUGUCAAAAGAAAACCUUCGACAUUAUGUGGAAGCUUUCGCCGAACCAGCUCAAGGAAUGCAACUAGCUCUGGAAUGGGAAAGAUUAGAACUGAAAGAGAUUGGCGUCGUAGAGGUGCCGAUUGUAUUUUCACCACCGCUACAGACUGCGUUAUUUACGCUGUCGUGCCGUCUUGGUGAAGUUUGUAUCGCACAUCUGCUAUCGAGACCUGUAAGAAAAAGACUCGCGUCUGAGAUAGCGGAUUUACUAUCCCAGACUCUAAAUGAUGCGAUUAGCUCCGGAAAAUCUGUGCAGAGAACCUGGAUCCAGUUAUUAUUUGACUGCAGAGUUCUUAUUUCGAUGUAUCCUGAUGAAAAAUUGAAAAAGCUCAUUCCUACGAUUGAGAGUCACAUUGACCCGUUUGAUUUGAGUGUUCUGGCACCACAUCUAGCGACAAAUGUACGAUUAGCUGUUAGUAGAUCACAGCUGCUUUAUUCAUGCCUUCUCCUCGAGACCGUACCUGCCAAAGAAGGACAAGGAUCGCCUCAUUACUCUCAGGUCGUUGACGUAUUACCAAAAGUCGACUAUCCGCCAAGAAUUCCGCUCAUUCCACGCUUGGAACGCACGACUGGAGAGACUGUCGCAAAACGAGUCGAAGCAGCAAAAGCGCCUCGCAACAAGCUUUUGGCCAGUACAAAUCCUUCUGGAAUGAAGAGCACACCGUCGCUGAGCUCGUUCGUCGACAAAAUCUCGUCGAGCUGGUUUGGAGGCAACUAGCAGCCCAGUAUAGAGUUUACUUUUUUGUCAUUUACACUUUUUGUUAGCUGCAAUUUUCUGGGUGGUCUCAUAACAUUAUCUUUCUUAUAUUUAUUCUCUAACAAACGUUCAUGGGUGAAAAUUUCAAUGCCUUGUGCAUAUCCAUAAACAGCUACUGUGAUAUAUAACUACGCGAAAAAUGUACAUAUCAAGUUAUGAAAUGAUUUUUGAAUAAUAGUUAUACAGAAUAAAU